AUGCAGAGCUUGCAGGUAGCAGGCUGGACUGUAAUAGCACGUCAUACAAACAAGUUUCUGAGUUUCUACCGCGACUGGGAGGACUCCAUGGAGGGGUUUGGUGACAUCUCAGGCGACUUCUUCAUAGGAUUGGACAUGCUGCAUGCUAUUACAAAGUCACAGAACCAAGAGCUGUGCAUACACCUCGAAGAUUUUGAGGAGAGCACUCGCUAUCCCCAAUACGAUGAGUUCCAAAUCGAAAGUGAAAAUGACUUAUAUCGGCUAACAAAGUUGGGAAGUUUCAGAGGAGAUGCUGGUGAUGCAAUGACUUAUAGCAAGAAUCAGAAGUUUACGACCUACGACAACGACAACGAUGGGGAAGCGAGAGGGCACCAGGUAACGAGAGGUGUUGUGGCACCAUAA